AAUCGGACAAAAAUCAAUUUCCCGACAGAGAUUGGUUCAAAAAGGCUUCACCUUUGACAUAUCUCAUCUCAACUUCUGUCCUUCCCCUGCGCUUACUUGUCCUUGCUCUCGUAGGGCGAUUGCUCAAUCUCUGAUUCCUCUCCGUCAAAGUCUCAAUCUUUCCACAUAAAGAUGAUCCCUUUCAGAAGCAUCGAUGAUGGGUCAAGAAUCUUCUAAUCGCUUUUACGUCUCUCUCUCUCCUUUCGAUGGCAGCGAAUGGUCUCCCUACAUUGGGACGCGUCAAGCUCUGUGAUCUACUUCCCACCGAAGGCUCACCUUCCGACUCCUACAAGCUAGCCGUCUCAACACUAUCCCAAUCCUUAGCACAAUACUCCGCCGCAAUCAUCCAGUUCCCGGCCACCGACGCAGCCCUCCUCCGAUCCGGCCUCGACUCCGCAAGACUCUACUUCCACCAACGUGACUCGUAUCCUCCAACCAUCCACACAACAAACGACUCGAGAGAAUGGUGCAAAACCUCUGGAUACUACUCAGACCCUCACUCAUGGCAAGAGAGCUACGAGUACAGACCUGGCUUAACCUUCACCGAGUCAGCUGAGUUCCCUCCUUCCGGUUUACCUGACAUCUUUGGUUUAUUAGGGAAAGCUUCUCGGUUAGUUCUUGACGCGGUUGGUUUCUAUUUGAACUUGAGAAGCUCUCCUUUCACUGAGAUUCUUGAUAAUGUUCCCUUGAGGAGUAACGAGGUUUCAUCCUCCGUGUUGUCUGUUUGCUGCUACGCGAGGCCUUCCUUUCAUCAUCAUAACUUGGCUGAAGACGAGCAGCUUCUCUUGUACUCAGAUCACGACCACCAGCUCGACAAGAGUCUGAUCUCCUUUGUGAAGUCGGACAAGGCCGGGCUGCACGUUAGGGACAUGCACGGGCAGUGGAUUCUAGUGGAUGUGGAUCUUGGGCCUCAAGAGGCUGUUGUGUAUCCAGGGCUGGCUCUGUACCAGGCGACGGCUGGCUAUGUGAGUCCUGCGGUGUAUAGAACUGAUUUGAAUAGUAUGCAAGGGAGUAUAGAAGGGAGAUUCUCAUUGGCUUUUAAACUCAUGCCUAAGUCGAUGACUAAUCUGAGCUGCUCGGAGAUGAGAGCCGCGGGACAUGGUGUUGAUGCUCAGUUUCUGAUUCCGGUUUCGGUUGAUGACUUUAUGCAGAGGCCUCACUCGAAUGAUGAGCUCUUUAAUAGACAGACUUUGCAGAGCUUCAGUGUCCCUCAGUCCCAAGAUGGAUCAAUGAAACAGAUGAAAAAGAGGAAGAAGAGCGACUCAAGACUAAAACCACUCCCACCUUCAAAGAGGCUGAGGUUAGAAGCGCAGAGAGUUCUCAAGGAACGAGUUCAGGAGAUUGCAGAUAAGAAAGGAAUCAAACUCAGAUUCUGCAACCCCAAGGACUGCGAGAGUAACCACAACACAAUGAACAGCCCUUGCGCGCAUAUUAAAAUGGAGAUAGGCUGGCCUCAGGGAGUUCCGUUUGUUCAUCCUCACGACCUCCCAAACAAAGCUAAAAUCGGGUUCCUUGAGACGUAUGAGCCAGGAUGGUCUGAGGCACAUGACAUGGAGCUUAGUCUCUCUGAAGCCGCUCAAGGAAACCAACACGUGACUUAACUGAGAUGGGAGAGUUCCAGUAUUGGUCUCUUGUUUGCCUGGACUGUAUACCAGUCAGGGUCAGUGAUUGCACAUGCUAUGUAUGAGCUAUGGAAACAUCAGAGAAGAGUUAAGCUGUGUGAAUGGCUCUUAUUAUUUUGACUCAUUGUACAUUUCAUCUCUGUAUGAUAUAUAUCAGUAUAGCAUGUUCUGUGCACACAAAAACAUCAUAUGGUUUAAUCCAGUGGUUGUGAUAAAUAAGAUUUGAAUUCUUUCA